AUCCACCCACCACCACCACCACUACACACCCACACCACCGAUACCCACCCCACACAUCCCACCAAGCUGGCUUUCAUUCAACUAGGUCGUCGCCUAUCAGUAGUAGCUUCAACCAGGCUGUCGAUCGCUCAGCGUCACUUGAACACUUCUGCCAAAAUGUCGUCCGAAUACGGUACCCGAAUCAUCGGAGCUCCCAACACCUUGGAGCACCGAGUCUUCAUCGAGAAGAACGGAAAGCCCAUCUCUGCCUUCCAUGACAUCCCCCUCUUCGCCGACGAGUCCAAGACCGUCCUGAACAUGGUCGUCGAGGUCCCCCGAUGGACCAACGCCAAGAUGGAGAUCUCCAAGGAGGAAGCCUUCAACCCCAUCAAGCAGGACAUCAAGAAGGGAAAGCUCCGAUUCGUGAGGAACUGUUUCCCCCACCACGGUUACAUCUGGAACUAUGGCGCUUUCCCCCAGACCUGGGAGGACCCCAACGAGGAGCACGCCGAGACCAAGGCCAAGGGUGACAACGACCCGCUCGAUGUCUGUGAGAUCGGAGAGGCCAUCGGAUACGUCGGUCAGAUCAAGCAGGUCAAGGUCCUCGGAAUCAUGGCCCUCUUGGACGAGGGUGAGACCGACUGGAAGGUCAUCGUCAUCGACGUCAACGACCCGCUCGCCCCCCGAUUGAACGACAUCGAGGACGUCGAGAGGCACUUGCCCGGACUCAUCAGGGCCACCAACGAGUGGUUCAGGAUCUACAAGAUUCCCGAUGGCAAGCCCGAGAACGUCUUUGCCUUUUCCGGAGAGGCCAAGUCGAAGAAGUACGCCGUCGAGAUCAUCCACGAGACCAACGAGGCUUGGAAGAAGCUCGUCGGAGGAGAGGUCGCCGCCAAAACCGCUGCUUACGACUUGUCGAUCGCCAACUCGACCGUCGAGGGUUCUUCGGGUUACACCCAGGACACCAGCGCCGUCCCCGCCGAUUCUAGGCAACCCGCCGCUCCUAUCGACUCUUCGAUCGCCAAGAGCUUCUUCAUCUCCUCGGCCUCGGUUUGAAUCGGAGAAGGAUAUGGCCCGUCGAAUGUGGGCCUGUCGAAGAUGUAGAUAGGUUGUCGAGACCCCAUGUCACGUCGAACGGUUCGACAUUAUCUUCGAUUGAAUACAUUCAGGAACGCGCAUGUCCAUGGGCUUUUUUUAAUGCGGGUCUGUCUGGUACGG